AUGGCAGUUCCAAAAAAACGUACUUCUGCAUCAAAAAAGCGUAUUCGUAAAAAUUUUUGGAAAAGGAAAGGCUAUUGGGCGGCGUUAAAAGCAUUUUCUUUGGGGAAAUCUCUUUCUAAUGGGACUUCAAAAAGUUUUUUUGUGCGACAAACAAAUAAAAUAAAAAAAUAA